AUGUUGAGGGGUCAACAGGGUGAAGGGGGUGGAAAACAGGCGCUUGACUUCCUUCCUGGAUUCUCAAGAUAUCAGAUACCUGACCUACCUGAAGGAGUAGUAACUGGAGACUUAGAUUCACAAGUCGCAACCAUGUUACACAAAAUGGGACAAAAGCUGCCUAAAGCAGCCGCUGUUGUCAUCAACUCUUUUGAUGAUUUAGCCCCUGAAAUUGAUAAUGUGCUCAAGUCAAGAUUCAAAAGGUUACUCAAUUAUGGCCCCAAGAGUUUAAUAUCAGAAUCACCACAAUUGCCUAAAGACGACAGUGGUUGCUUGGAGUGGUUGGACAAGCACAAGCCUGCAUCUGUGAUAUAUAUUGCCUUUGGAACCGCGUUAACCCCACCACCUCAUGAGCUAGAAGCCUUAGCUCAAGCACUGACUGAAACGGGGUUUCCAUUUAUUUGGUCAUUUAGGGGCAACAUAGAGGAUUUCUUGCCCAAAGGGUACAACAAAGGUUGCCUAAAUGGGAAAAUAGUUUCAUAUGCUCCCCAGAUGCAAGUCUUGAGACAUGCCUCAGUUGGGGUUUUUCUGACACAUGCUGGGUGGCAUUCGGUUUUGGAGAGUAUUGCUGCUGGUGUGCCUAUGAUUUGCAGGCCAUUUUUCGCGGAUAACAUGCUCAACAUGAGGAGCGUAGUGGCUGUUUGGGGAAUUGGAACUAAGUUUGAGGGAGGGGUCAUUACAAAAAUUGGAAUGGUUAAGGCCUUGGAACUUGUUUUGAAGCAUAAAGAAGGAAAGGAAAUGAGAGACAAAAUCGUGGCCCUUAAAAAUCUUGCUCAACAAGCGGUUGAAUCUAAUGGUAGCUCCACCCACGCUUUCAAUAGCUUGGUGGACAUUGUCACCAAGUAA